UGAUAUUUCUGUAAAAGACUUAGGUUUUUCACCAUGUCGCCACGCAGCUCAUGAUGCCUCCAUCAGCUCCCAGCAGAGCACCGGAGACCAGGACGGACUUAAGUUUUUACGCGUUUACUCUUGAAAUGUUGCUGAUGUGCGUCCAUGAGGUGAAUCGGGAUAAACGAGAGACACCCACAGGAUGAACUGAGGAGAGACCCUGAUGCGGUCAGCUGCAGGACCAUGUCUUCUUAAUCUGCCGGACUGUAUCUCCCAGGCUUGUAAAGUGACCGAGUGACUUGUGUGAAGAUGAUCAAAGCGGGGGCUCGGUCGGCCACCUCGCUGCCGCCGGAUACCAUGGACAUCAUCCGCAGUAAGACCCACACCCGCCGCGUGAGACUCAACGUCGGCGGCCUCCUCCACGAAGUCCUGUGGAGGACGCUGGACAGGCUGCCCCGCACCAGACUGGGCAAACUGAGAGACUGCAACACCCACGACUCUAUCAUGGAGAUAUGCGACGACUACAGCUUGGAUACCAACGAGUACUUUUUCGACAGACACCCCGGCGCCUUCACCUCCAUCCUCAACUUCUACCGCACCGGGAAGUUGCACAUGAUGGAGGAGAUGUGCGCCCUCUCCUUCAGUCAGGAGCUGGACUUCUGGGGCAUCGAUGAGAUCUACCUGGAGUCCUGCUGCCAGGCCAGGUACCACCAAAAGAAGGAGCAGAUGAACGAGGAGCUGAAAAGAGAGGCGGAGAACAUGAGGGAGAGGGAUGGAGAGGAGUUUACAACCACGUGUUGUUCAGAGAAGAGGAAGAAACUCUGGGACCUCCUGGAGAAGCCGAGCUCGUCGUUUGCUGCUAAGAUCCUGGCAAUUGUCUCCAUCCUCUUCAUUGUGUUGUCAACCAUUGCCUUGUCUCUGAACACCCUACCAGAGCUGCAGGACACAGAUGAGUUUGGUCAGUCCACAGACAACCCACAGCUGGCCCACGUGGAAGCUGUGUGUAUUGCCUGGUUUACCAUGGAGUACCUGCUUCGCUUCCUCUCCUCCCCCAACAAGUGGAAGUUCUUUAAGGGUCCUCUAAAUAUCAUCGACCUGCUGGCCAUCCUGCCCUACUACGUCACCAUCUUCCUGACAGAAUCCAACAAGAGUGUGCUGCAAUUUCAGAACGUCCGUCGUGUGGUUCAGAUUUUCAGGAUCAUGCGGAUCUUGCGUAUUCUAAAGCUGGCUCGUCACUCCACAGGUCUCCAGUCACUGGGCUUCACUCUCAGGAGGAGCUAUAACGAGUUGGGCCUGCUGAUCCUUUUCCUGGCCAUGGGCAUCAUGAUAUUCUCCAGUCUGGUGUUCUUUGCAGAAAAGGAUGAAGAGGACACCAAGUUCAAAAGUAUCCCAGCUUCCUUCUGGUGGGCUACUAUUACUAUGACAACAGUAGGCUAUGGAGAUAUCUACCCCAAAACUUUACUGGGAAAGAUAGUUGGAGGUUUGUGCUGCAUUGCCGGGGUGCUGGUGAUAGCCCUGCCUAUCCCCAUCAUCGUCAAUAACUUCUCUGAGUUCUACAAAGAGCAGAAGAGGCAGGAGAAAGCCAUCAAAAGAAGGGAGGCUCUGGAGAGGGCAAAGAGAAAUGGUAGCAUUGUUUCUAUGAACAUUAAAGAUGCAUUUGGCCGCAGUGUAGAGCUCAUGGACAUAAUGGUGGAAAAUACUGGUGAAAAGAAGGAAAAGGUGCAUGAUAAUCACGUGUCUCCUGGUCUGCAGAGAGGGACACCCAAACUCAAGUCACAGAAAAACCCCAGCAGCCCCGCCAAGACCCUUGAAUCAGGCUACCAAGAGCAGGCCAAGCCCUCCAGCAGCCCUCAGCAUCUUAGCGCACAGAAACUGGAGGAGAUGUACAACAAGAUGGCCAAGGUCCAAUCACACCCUGACCUCAACAGCAAAGAAAAAGAGCCACCAUCCAAGGCAGUUAGACAGAAAGCUGAAUUAGAGAUGGGAAGCAUACCUGCUGAAGCCAUCUCGAGCAAAGCAGAGGUAGUUUCAGACAUGAGGAGCAUGUCCAGCAUUGACAGCUUCAUCAGCUGUGCGACUGACUUUCCUGAGAGCUCUCGCUUUUCCCACAGCCCCGUCAGCAACAUGCCAGGGAAGGUCAGCACUAACCCCAGCCUGGAGCCCACCUUGGAGAAUGAGAAUGAAGGAUCCCAGGGCACCACUACACCCCUGACAGGACGUAGCGCCAAGCCCGGCCCAUAUUCCGACAGCCCCAGGGGUGUACGCUUCAACAAUCCACUCAAAAGCCACUCGCUCAAGGUCAACUUUAGAUGUGGGGAGGAUUCAGGGACAGGGGCCCUCUCAGACAGCUCGUCAGUCCAGAGCCCCGAGGUGUCCAUCUACACAACUGCCAGCAGCAGGACACCCAGCAAGAGCCCGGAGAAUUUACUGCCCAGCGCCCUCUUCACAUUCCAUGAUGCAUCCAUCAGUAAAUUCAUCGACGCUGACACGGAUGAAGAGGAGCAUCUGCACGAUGGCUCAGGCGCCAACCCAUCCCAAAGACUCCUGGAGAGAUCCAGCCCCAAGUUUGGCCCUCACUCCAGCUUCCAACAAGGGGCCAACCACAUGGAGGGCCUGCAGAGGAAGCUGGGGAACAGCACACUGCCGCUGGAAGGGCAGGAGAACCAUGUGGCUCAGGAACUACAGCCACUUCAGGGAGACAAGAGUCACUCUAAUGCUUAAACUUACAAUAAGGGAGAGACCACGGAGGAAGCGGAAAGGGAAAUAUGAGAAGCACAGUGACUUAGCAAAACUGAACUUACAAAAAAUAUGAAAGGCACUGAAAACACUU